AUGCUUGCCCUGUGCCUUUAUGUCCCCGUGUCCAACUCCGACCCGGUGGAGGUGGACUACUUCGAAUCGAACGGACUUCCGACCGAACUCAAUUCGCUCUUCAACAAACUCAGCGUGUUCCUGCCGUCUCAGGAGUUUUCCACCUAUCAGCGAUGGCGAAAAAAGACCAGGAGGGAGCCCGACAUGUGCGAUGACCGGCUGGACUUUGAGGAGUUUGUGCACUACCUGCGAGACUAUGAGAAAGACCUGAAGCUGGUGGUCAAGAGGAAUGCAGGCCGAGUGGACAGCAAGGAGUUCAUCCAGGCUCUGCAAGACAUCGGUGUGCACAUUUCACAUCAUCUCGCCGAGAAAGCCCUUCGGAGCGUGGACAAGAACGGCAUCAUAACCAUCAGCAGUAAAGAAUGGAGCAAGUACUCCACGGCGGAGGAGACGGAGAGCAUCCCCGAGAUCAUCUUAUACUGGAAGCACUCCACGAUCUUUGACGUGGGCGAGAACCUGACCGUCCCCGACGACUUCAGCACGGAGGAGAAGCAGAGUGGAAUGUGGUGGCGUCACCUGGUGGCAGGCGGCGGAGCCGGCGCAGUUUCCAGGACGUGCACGGCGCCUCUGGACCGGGUCAAAGUCAUGAUGCAGGUGUACGGCUCCAGAAGCAACAACAUGUGCAUCAUGAGCGGCCUGGCACAGAUGAUCAAGGAGGGUGGCGUGCGCUCGCUGUGGCGAGGAAACGGCGUCAACAUCAUCAAAAUCGCGCCCGAGUCGGCCCUCAAGUUCAUGGCGUACGAGCAGAUCAAACGUCUGAUCGGCAGCGACAGGCAGACGUUGAGCAUCUCUGAACGCUUUGUGGCCGGAUCGCUGGCCGGAGUCAUCGCCCAGAGCGCCAUCUACCCCAUGGAGGUGCUGAAAACGCGCCUGGCUCUGAGAAAGACGGGCCAGUACGCCAGCAUCUCGGACUGCGCCAAGCAGAUCUUCCGGCGAGAAGGCCCGGCGGCGUUCUACAAGGGUUACGUGCCCAACAUGCUGGGCAUCAUACCAUACGCUGGCAUCGACCUGGCCGUGUACGAGACCCUGAAGAACGGCUACCUGCAGCAGUACGGCGCCAGCGACGCCGGUGUCCUGCUGCUGCUGGCCUGCGGCACAGUGUCCAGCACCUGCGGCCAGCUCGCCAGCUACCCGCUCGCUCUGGUCAGGACGCGCAUGCAAGCGCAAGCUGCAACGGGCGGCGGCCAGCAAGCAACCAUGACGGCGCUCUUCCGGCAGAUCCUGCGGGCUGAGGGUCCAGCGGGCCUCUACCGGGGCCUGGCUCCCAACUUCCUGAAAGUCGUCCCCGCCGUCAGCAUCAGCUACGUGGUGUACGAGCACAUCAAGACGCAGCUGGGGGUCACCUCUCGCUGA